GGGCUGCAGUGGCCGUGCGAGGCGAAGGACAGACGGGGAGUCACCAGCAGAGCCAGGGCAGUUCUCCAUCCGCCUGGAACAAGGGUGGCCAGCACUUUGGCAAGCCAAGGAGCCCGUCUCUGGGGAAAGAGCUGUUUGUGGGAUGCAAACAUCCCCCCAGCUGCGGCCAAGGGAGAGGAGCCGUGGAUCGAGCUGGCUUCGGGAGGGAAAAAUACCACUUCGGUUUGGUGUCUAAUUAGAUAUUUACCAGGAAGGAAGGAAAAGUUAAAAAUAGGGUGACAGUGACUUCAAAGGGUGUUUUUGACUUCUAAGAAUAACACCUUUGCUGGCGCCGAUUUCAGGAAUAUUGGCUGUGCCUGGGUGUGAAAGACGGAGCAGACGUUGCCGCUCGGUCGGUGGCCAAGGGAGCAAACCCAGCCCCCCCGCCCCCGGCAGCACGAGGAGGGGAUGUCGGUGUCGCUGCCAGGGCCCGUGGCUCAGCUGCACCCCUGGGGACACAGCGGAGGGAGUUUAGGGAAAGCAAAGCCACCGGUGCCCCGGCACGGGUCGGGGGGCAUGUGUGGCACCAUGGGGACCCCCUCCCCGCGGGGGGUGCUGGUGCUCGCCGUGGCGCUGGCGGGGCUCUGGGCUCCCCGAGCUACGUACGGACAGCCCAACUUCAUCCUCAUCCUGGCGGACGACGUGGGCUGGGGGGAUCUUGGGGCCAACUGGGCAGAGACGAAGGAGACCCCGCAUUUGGAUGAGCUGGCAGCCGAAGGGACGAGGUUCGUGGAUUUCCACUCAGCUGCCUCCACUUGCUCCCCGUCCCGUGCCUCUCUGCUCACCGGGCGCCUCGGGGUGCGCAAUGGGGUGACCCACAACUUCGCCGUCACGUCGGUGGGCGGCCUCCCCCUCAACGAGACCACCCUGGCCGAGGUGCUGCGGGAGGCUGGGUACAGCACGGGGGCUAUAGGCAAGUGGCACCUGGGACACCACGGCCACCAUCACCCCAGCUUCCGCGGCUUCGACUACUACUUUGGGAUCCCCUACAGCCACGACAUGGGCUGCACGGACACCCCCGGCUACAACCUGCCCCCCUGCCCCCCCUGCCCACGCCACGCUGCGGCUGCCAGGGUGGCGAGGAAGGACUGUUACACGGAGGUGGCCCUUCCUCUCUUCGAGAACCUCACCAUCAUCCAGCAGCCCGUCAACCUGAGCAGCCUGGCAGCGCGCUACGCGGAGGAGGCGGCGCGGUUCAUCCGUCGGGCCAGCGACAGCGGCCGCCCCUUCUUCCUCUACCUGGCGCUGGCCCAUAUGCACGUCCCCCUGGGGGUCCCCCCCUCGCCCCCCACCUCGGGCAGGGGCAUCUACGGAGCCUCCCUGAGUGAGAUGGACGCCCUGGUGGGACGGAUAAAGCAGGUCGCCGACAGCCACGGGAAGGGCCACACGCUCCUGUGGUUCACAGGUGACAACGGCCCCUGGGCGCAGAAGUGUGAGCUGGGGGGACGCCCAGGGCCCUUCGUGGGGGCCUGGCAGCGGCAGCGAGGAGGGAGCUCGGCGAAGCAAACGACCUGGGAAGGAGGGCACCGGGUGCCAGCGCUGGCCUACUGGCCUGGCCACGUCCCCGCCAAGCGGACGAGCCACGCUCUGCUCAGCACCCUGGACAUCUUCCCCACGCUGGUGGCCCUGGCUGGGGCCGCGCUCCCCCCAAACAGGCGCUUCGACGGCCUGGACGUGUCCCCGGUUCUCUUCGGGUGGUCGGACGUGGGGCACAAGGUUCUGCUGCACCCCAACAGUGGGGCAGCGGGGAAGGACGGGGAGAUAGAGACGCUCCGACUGGCCCAGUACAAGGCGUUUUACACCACAGGAGGGGCGAUGGCAUGUGAUGGGAGCAUUGGGCCAGCAGAGCAUCACCAACCACCCCUCAUUUUCAAUCUGGAUCGGGAUAUCCAGGAGCAGGAGCCUUUGGACGUGGCAUCUGGAGAGUACCAGGCCGUGCUCCCUGCCCUCAGCAGGGCUUACGCCCAGGCCCUGCAGGACAUUGCCACAGACAACGUCUCGCUGGCAGAUUACUCCAGAGACCCCUCGGCGACUCCCUGCUGCGACGCGCGGCACGUGGCCUGUCGCUGCCGGGCCCCCGGGGCUCCCGCUGCCGCCCCACACCCUCCCACCCAGAGGAGAGCCCCCCGCCUCUGUCUGUAG